AUGAAAUAUAUUUUGAAAUUAUUAGACAGCAUAAAUCGUUGUUUAAUACCAAAAUUUGCUAAAAAUAUUGAUGAAACAACGAACCAUGUAGAAUUGAGCAUUCGUAAUAACAAUUUAGACCAAAACUUUCAAUUACUUGAACAAUAUCUUGGAGAUUUGGACUUAGCAAAUACAAAAGAAGCUUCAGCUAUAGUAUCAGCUUUGCUUAUUUUAUAUAAGGAAUUAUCAUGCGACUGCCCAGGAAAUGGUGAAAAGAGCCAGGAAUAUUCAAAAAAACUAAACAUUUAUUUUGAACUAUUAUGUGGGUUACGUCUUGAUAAUAUUCUUCAUCAAAAUACUCAUUUUAAUGUUCAGGAAAUAUAUGAUAAAUGCUUAGAAGAUCUGCACUUAAAACUCUCAUAUGAGAAUUUCAAAAAAUAUCCUGGCCAAAUUGAAGUCUAUUGUUCUAUUGUUAAAGAUGUGAGAAAAUAUAAUGUUAAAAUAAGACCCCAAACAAUAUUUCCAGUCUCCCUUCUCUUAAUUGAAGAUUACAUAACAGCACACAAUAGUAAAGGCUUAAUAUGCUGCUUGUCUAUUUUAAGAUGUUUGGAGUACAAAGAUUUUGAAUGUGGAAAUUAUUAUGAAGUUAUUUAUAGAAGUCUUACAAAGGCUUUUAUUGAAAAAGAUGCGGAUAUAACAAAGUUAACACAUGCCUGCCUUUUAGAGCUUUGUAAAAUUUUUCCACCUGAAAUAAAGAGCGCAAGAUUAGAUGAUAUGUAUACUGGAAUACUUGAUCAAUUGAGUACGGAAACAAAUUUAUAUAGAAAAGCUGAAUGUUUAAGAUUUGCUAAAAAUAUCAUCCAAUUACAUCAAGUGGAUUGUAUCAGUAAGAGUGAAUUCAAAACUAUUAUUUGUGACAGUUUAGAUGUAUGCACAAAUGAGGCUGUGGCUGAUAUACUCUUAGUUGUUACACUUCAGUGCUUAGAAGAAUGGAUUGGGUACUGCUGGUGUGUGUGGAAGUUUUCUUCAGAUCAUAAAUUAAUAUCAACUUUAUUAAAAGUAUUGUAUGAAUGUAAAAAUGAAGAAACAGCUACUCAGAUUCAGAAACUUGUGGUGACUAUGAUUAACAUCUGCAAAGUGGAAGAACAAAAACAAAUUUUGGUUAACUUAGAAAAAGCUAAUGUUAUAAAAAAUGAAAAUUUUAAACAGAGAAUAAAUUUAAUAAAACAAGAAAUUCAUGUC